AUGAUAGGUACUGCCCCAACAGGCAAUAUCUCGGUCAUUUCUAUUCACGAGACAUCCAGAAAGAAAAGAAAAUUCCAAGAAAAAGAAGAUACUUGUCAAGGCAAGCCUAGGGGCACAAAAACACGAAAGAGUUAUCCAUCAUUCCAAUCUCCGAUGAACCAAAAAUAUAACUUGUCUGCCGAAUCCAACCCAUCUCAAUUACAUGACUAUGCCAGUGAACUCGGUGCUAUGCUUCCAAAUUGGAAAGCCUGCAAAAGUGUAAAAGAAGCUCUUCGCCGACACUCAUUCAAAGAAGACCAGAUCAAGGCUCUUGUACCAGAUAAAAGGAAUGAAAAACUUACUAUCAAAGAGAGAGCUCAAUACUGUGCAAAAACUGGAUAUCCAUAUGAUAUUUACUUACAUGCUUUAGAUUUAAUCAAGACAAAAAAUGAUAGUGAUGAAGAAAUUGUCGCAUCCAGCUCACGUCUUACAUUAUUUCGUAAGGAAUUGAAAAAAGCUGGAGUUGAUUCUAAAAAACUUAUCAUCUCAAAUGUUGGGGGCUUGUCAGAAUUCAAUCCAAAUAGUAACUGUGAAAGCGUAGAAUGA